CUGAACCUGUGCGAUGAAAACUCAUCCAAGCAGCUAAGUUACAACAAAAUAUGAAUUCAGGAUAGCUUCAAAUUCAACUUACCUUCUAUAAAACCACACCCGCAUGUUACAGGUUAUAUACAUGAUGGGGGAUCAACAAGCUCAUGGACAGGAUGGAUCCUUGGCAUCGGCCAUCGAAGAGACUGGGUUGAAGGCAUUUCAACCUUCAGGCGAUGAAGCAUCUCGUUUAGAAGGUCAGCGAGAAUUCAGCGCUCUACUAUCGAGGACCAAGACGAUAGCACUCAUGUCUGCCCUGACCAAAUUGACUCAACCUGACCGUGUCCCUCCAUGGCUUCGGAUUCAUCUAAUGGACGUCCUCACCUUACUUCCCCAAAGACCAGAUGGAGUGAGAGCUGCGUUAGAGUUCGUAUUUUCUGUUCAUCCAACGAGUACGGUGAGGGUGACCGAGGCUGCGACGCCUCAGAAGCGAGGGGCCAACAUCACCAUGGAAGCUCUUAAGCUGGCUUCCAACCUAUUGUCUGCGCCUCCCGCUACGGUCGCUCCAGAUCAAUGGUACGCUGGAAUCGCACCACAACUUCUAUCUCUCCUUGACGGAAAAGAGGGACCAGACCUCGUGAAAGCCGCCGCCUACGUCAUCGGCUUUGGUGUGCUGGGGAGAAAACAACUUGGUGCUCCUGGAACAUCCGGGUGGAAAGCAUUCGCUGAACCCUUGCUCACUAAGAUAAAUCCUGGUUUAUCGCGAGAAUCCAAGAAUGAGACUCUUGUAUUUAGCGCUGGUCCGGAUGAGGUUAUCGAUCUACGAAAAGACAUUGUCCUGGUUGAAGCCGAUGAGUUGCAUAUUGCUCUAAGGCGUUUGUCAUCUCUAUUAGACUCGCAUCCGAAUCCAGGUUUAACGAAGAGGCUUCUUGCGCCUUUGACGUCAUCUUUGUGGACGUUAGCGACCUGGGCGCCUGCACCCAAGGAAUUUGACGAUCGAUACCGCCAUCCAGCCGACACUCUUCUACGAAUCUAUUUAAAACUCGCGGGUUCCCCGGAGAAAUUUCAAGCUAUCCUCGGUAAUCUCCUUACAAAUGGAAGCGAAGAUGCAUCCAAACCCCGAUGGGUUUAUGAUCUGGUGGGCGACUCCAACCUGCAGGUGAAACGGCCACGAGAUGCAAAUACCGUAGGUCUAGUAUCAAAUCUAGGUCUCCUAGAGCCUAAAUCAGAUGCAUUUGUAGAACUUUUGCAAUCCGUUGGAACUGAUUCGGAUAUCUCGACGUUGUUUCUCAACCUUCUCCGUAGCUCACUCGGAUCUACGGAGACUACUCUGGAUAUUAAAAUACUCGCCGAAGAUGAAUCAACAAAAGACCCUACAGCACAGCUCAUCGAGGCGAAGGUACUCCAGAAAAUGAUGGAAAGGGAAACGAUGUCUGAGAAGUUAGUUACGGGCUGGAAACAGUCACUUGAACUUGUGAGCCAAUUUCUGGAUCGGUCGCAGGCCUCAUCGACGGCAACAAACGACGACACUACAGCUUUGGCCCUAAGUCUAUUGAAUCUUGUAGUUACUGCACCAGGUUUCCAAAAGUCGAAUGUCCCCGCCGACAUUCUCGAAUCUAUCGAGGAUUCCCUUGAAAGGAUUAGCAGAUCUCAAGACGCCGACGUCUCACACACGGCCCGCAACCUUUCACUCCUCCUCAAGUAUCGGGACGCCUUAGACGACUCCUCUGAACAAAUAAUGGCGCCAACAGACCGACAAAUAGAAGAUCGCAAGACCUACAACUUGGCCAUAUCAUAUAUCACACAAGCAGAUUCACCUCCACCAGUGCGCACUGAGGGUCUAAAUCUCCUAUCCGGGUUACUACGGGCUAAUAGUCCCAUCCUCGACAUCCAGGCUACACUAGUCCUCCUUUCAUCCCUCCUAAACGAAGAUGACGAUUACAUCAACCUAACAGUCGUCCGGCUCUUCGCCCAACUAGCCAACAAACAUCCGCGCUCAACCCUAAAAGAAAUCCUAGACCACUACGUCGACGCCAACGAGCUCGAACAAACCGACACCCGUCUCCGGUUCGGCGAAGCCCUGCUCCAAGUAAUCCAACGCCUAGGCGAGACCUUCUCCGGCGAGCCCGCCAACCAAGCCGCCGAAGCCCUCCUAUCCAUCGCCGGCCGCCGCGCCCACCGUCCCAAAACAAAAGCCAAACAAGAACGCGCGGAUCGCCUCCAACAAAUGCGUAAUAAAGCCGCCCGCGACGCCUGGCAAGGCGAAGUCCCAUCCCUCGCGGACCUCGACUCCGACGAGGAAAACGAAGACGAAGAGCAAAAAGCCCGCAACGAAAUCAUAUCCCAAAUCGUGUCUGGCUGGGACAGCAAGCGCGGCGCCGAAGACAUCCGGAUGCGCGCCUCCGCCCUGUCCAUCUUCUCCGUCUGCAUCGAGACCAAUAUCUCCGGGCUUUCUCCCCCCCUCAUCGAAGGCGCCGUCGACUUAUGUCUUGCCGCACUUACCCUCGAAACAGGUCCUGAAACAGGGAUCCUCCGCCGCGCGGCUAUUAUUCUUAUCCACCACGUCAUAAAAGCGCUUGCGGAGGCGCGGGAGGGCGGGAGGAGGCUUGGGUUUGCGCUUGCGGAGGCGAGUCGCGAGCAGGUUGCGCAGACGCUAGGGUAUGUGGCGCAGAUGGAUGGGGAUGGCUUGGUUAGACAGCAUGCGAGGGAUGUGGUGGAGGGGUUGAGGAAUUGGAGGCUGGGGGCGCUGGUUCCGGCUGUUUCUGAGAUGAGGGGCGGUGGUGAUGGGUUUACGCGGUUGGUAGGAUUGGAUGUUGCGAAGCCGGGGUUGCCGGCUUUGGAGAUGGGGGUUAGGCCGAAGAUUGAGGAGAUUGAGUAGGCUGCUGCUGUUCUUACGUGAUGAGAUGCUUGAUUAAUAAAAUCAUCGAG